CGCAAAAUAAAAAUAAUGGUGAAACUAUCAAUGAUAACGUAAAUAAAAGAAUAUAAGGCAUGUUAUACAAUAUACACUGUUAAUUGCAAAUCAUCCACCUUAGCUACAAAUCUUCUCUAUUAUUUCAGAACUUAUACUUUCCAUCGUUAAUAUAAUUAUAAUGAGAAAUUUAGGAAACAAUUAAAAUAAGGAAAAUGAUUUGUACGUCUUCAGUAGGUUUGCAAAGACAUAAAUUCAUUCCAAUAUCUCAGUUUAGCCGGUGUGAGGUAAAGCUGAUAUAAUAACUACUGAUCGUUAAUUUGAAUUUAACUGUAGAUUCACGGACGUAUGUUCUGUACUGAAGAACUUAUUGGUGGUAAUUUCACGCCCUAUGAUGGCAUGAACGCUUGUUAUAUUAUUAAUUCAUAUUUCGGAGUCUCUUGUUUUGUUAUUACCGUCUUCAUGGAGUAUGAAGUUGUAGCAGCUAUGCCGCUUUGUAAUAUUAUAAUAUCCCUCUUGUCGUUUUAUGCAGAUAACUGUCCAUAUGAUAUUUAACACUGUCACGUUACCUCUUUGCUAAUUUUAUAUCUAUUUAUUUAGACUAGUGGUUAAUUUGCAUCAUUUUUAGAUAACUGUAAUUCCAGAAAAGCGCUAUGUGGUUAUUUACAAAAGGGGAUUCAGAUGGUUUGUUAAGUUCAGCCACAUCACUUGGUUUGAGUUUCUCUCAUGAUCCAGUUCCGGGUUUCUGCGUUGAUCCACCAAAUUCAGAACAGUUAGGAUCAAUUCAAGGUCCAUAUAAUUUGACAUGGAAACUACUCCCUGGUUUAAAGAAAAAAUCCAAAGAAGAAGUUACUAUAUUUAUAUGUAACCUAAACUCUAGUAAUGGGUCAAGUGAAAAUGAAUCACUUUUAUCUUCUCUUCAACGUACUGCCAAAUGGAUGAAAACACUGCGACAUCCAAAUAUGCUUACCUGGGUUGGAGGUACAGAGAUAGGAUCAGGAAAAUUACCUAAUGAAUUUGGCUUUGUUACGGAACGUGUAUUACCAUUACGGAAAUAUCUAUCCCUUAAGGCAGACUGUGGAAAUUUCAAUCUUCUGUCAUCGUGGGGCAUACAUCAGAUUGCUAAGGCGUUAAUUUUUUUAAACGAUGAUGGAAAAUUAGCACACAAUGCUGUACGCUUAGAUAGUGUAUUUGUGACUACAGCUGGUGAAUGGAAACUGGGUGCUUUAGAUUUUGUUGGACCGAUUAAUGAACCCCCAUCAUCUUCCCGACAAACGGUUGGUUCCGCAAAUGGUAAUACAGCAGAUCCAUAUACUCCUCCAGACGAUCGUCUUGUUGAUUCAUGGGGUUUAGGCUGUUUAAUAUGGGAGAUAUUUAACCCGUUUACAACUUUAAAAGAUCGUGCCCAAUUGACAGAAACUACCUAUCUGAAAAGCAUUCCUAAAGCUUUGGUUUCUGACUAUCGAAGACUGGUAGCUGCAAGUGCUACAAAAGGUGGAGUGAAACGUUCUACUGUUGCUCAAUUCCUUCGAUCAGCUCGUAACUCUGAGAAAGAAGGAUUUCUAGCUAAUGAUUAUGUUGAUACACUGUUGUUUCUAGAAGAGAUUGAAUUAAAGGAUAGUCAGGAAAAGUCCACAUUCCUCAAGAAUCUUGCAACACAAGUGACAAGUUUUCCAGAUGAUGUUUGCCGUCAUAAAAUUCUACCACAUUUGGUCAAUGGUUUACGUUAUGGAUCAGCUGGAAUUGAUGCCCUACUCCCUGUAUUACGUCUUAUUCCUUUACUGUCUGAAGCUGAUUUUCAAUCCUAUGUUCUACCAUGUCUUUUAAAGUUAUUUUCAUCACCAGAACGUGCAACACGUGUACGCCUACUAGAACAUUUACCCGACUUUAUACAACAUUUACCAACAAAAGUUAUUGAAACACAAAUAUUUACACCAGUUUCUGUUGGUUUCACAGAUACUCAUCCUAUUGUACGUGAAGCUACUGUACGUGCAAUGAUUCAUUUAGCGCCAAAACUUUCAAAUAAGCUAUUAAAUGAAAAUUUAAUUAAACAUAUUACUGUAUUACAAGUGCGUGAUGAACAAGGUGGGAUUCGAACUAAUUCAACUGUAUGUUUAGCUAAGCUAGCACCAUACUUUUCAACACAAACUCAACGUGGUCCAAUGUUGAGUGCUUUUCUUCGUGCAACUCGUGAUCCAUUCCUACCGAAUCGUCAAGCUGCAAUAACUGCACUGGCUGCUACACAAGAAUAUUAUACAAAUGAUUUACUAGCUGGGAAACUUCUGCCAUGUUUAUCAUUUCUUACAACUGAUCCUGAAAAAUCAAUACGUGAUGAUACAUUUCGUGCUAUGCGUGGAAUACUAGACAGAUUAGAGCAUGCAAGUGAAAACAAUACAAUCAAUCAGCCAUCAGACAGUCAAACAACAGAUAUCAACGAUCCUUCAAAUCCUACUUCACGUCUCAGUACAACUGGUGUAGCUGCAGCUAGCGCUCUAACUCAAUGGGCUUUAUCUGCUUUAUCUUUUUCUAGUCGUCUUUUACCAGCCUCAUCCUCAGCCACUACUACCACUAAUACUACUAUAACCACAGAAAGUGUAACACAACCAACGAAUAAACAAGAACCAUCAAUAUCUAAUUCCACAUUUUUAUCAUCAAUGAAUAAAACUUCAAAAGUUAUUGAAAAAGGGGAUGAAAAAUUAUUUGGUAAAAAAGACAAUUUGGAUAUUUCAAACAAAUAUCCCUCCUCAAAUCCAACGUCAAAUAAACCUCUUAGUUUGAAAAAGAAUUUGAAUUCAUUAGACCUUGUAGAUACUGACGAUAUUGACAUCGAUGAUGGCGAUGAUUGGAAUGUGGAUUUCGAUGGGGAUGAUAACGACGUUGUUGGCACCGAAAAUGCUGGUGACAACAAGUCAACAUUAUUAAAUGCACAAUCAAGCAACAGAACAUUAAAUUCUGAUCCGAUUCCUCUUGUAGCCUCAUCCUAUUGGAAUGAGAAUCAAUCAAGUCAAACGGCAAAAUCAAAGCUUACUUCAGAUUGGGAUUCAGAUUCAUUUUUCGACAGUCUUACUUUACAAGAGAAUACCUCUGGAGGUAAAAAAGUAGUCAAAAAGGUGGAUAAUGGUAGCAAGUUAUCACAGUCUUCUACAAAGUUAACAAAAACAAAAAAACAUUCCAAUAACCAAGUGACAAAAGUAUCCAACAAGCCACCACCGCUAACCGCUACUGAGGUUAAAAAUUCUACUGAUAUACCCUCGUCUAAGGAAUCAAAAAAAUCUAUGUCUCCUGGUGUAAAUAACAGUACUACUACUACUGAAACAACAGACGAUUGGGGUGAUUGGUAGCCCCCUCCUGCCCCAGUGGGAUGCAUAUACAUACAUACAUACUCACACACGAAUGGUUGCGUAACACGUGAUAUUUACACUUUGUAAAUACUCCUCACCCAUUAUGGAGGGAGGGGGAAUUCUGUGUAUAUUUAUUUAUUCAUUUUUUGAGUUGAUGAGUUGGGAAUAACCGCAUGGGCUUUGUAUGCGUGCGUGUGUGUGUGUGAGGGAGGGAGAGUGCACAAUGCAGUAAAACAGCUGUGUUCUCUCUCUCUCAUAGAGACUUGUGCUUAGUUAGGCUGUGUGUGCAACUUCUCUUUCCGCUUUGCUUCAUCACUUGUACGUAUGUAAUAUCAAACAUGUGUUUUAGACCACUCUAUACUUUAUCGAAUUAUUUUCAAUAUAUUAACAUAUAUAUAUAUAUUCAUUCUUUGAUAAAAAGCAAGUGCUUUCAUGUAUUAUGCAACUUUUGCUAAUGGUGCCUUAUUAUUCAUAUUAUUAUUAUUAAUAUUAUUACAUAUUAUCGUUAUUAUUUCAGUAUAGGAGGCUAAUGGGAAUAUAUUAAAUAACUUAUUUAGUUUAUUUAUUGAUUGAUUGAUAAAGUGUCAUUUUAUCAACUUUAUGUUUGUUUUUUUAUUUAAUUUUACUUAUCUGUCGGUCAGCAUCAAAUCUAUUCCGAUUACGCUUUUCUUUUUAGUCACUUGUGUUUUCUAAUCUCUUGUUUUUUCUAAGAAGUGAAAGCCGAAAAAGAUUUAAAAAAAAUUAUACAUAAUUAUGUUCCAUAAACAGAUUAUCGCCAUAUUUUAAUGGAGUAAUAAGAAAAGAGAAAGUCGUGAACAGCGAAGCCAGCGUUCUUUUUUGGAUCAAUCAUUUUUUUCACGGGUAGUUGUACAGUUGUUGUAUGAAGACAAUCUGCGAC